AUGGACUUCACUGCUAACAGAGGUCAGUAAACAUCCUCUGAUUCAGCCUUUAUUCACUGUCAUUCACACUCUAACCUCCUUUAUUAACCUUUAUUAACAGAUCUGUUCUUUCUGCCGGAUGAGAAAUUCGACUUUGACGUUUCUCUGUCACCUGCCAGGUAAGAGGCACGUGGAGGUUUCUGUAAAACUCCACGAGACUGUAGAGAGAGAGAGAGAGAAACAUGAAAACACCAGCAAACUUGUGAUGAUUGACACCGAAAACUCACAAUUGGAUCAUUUCAAGCACAGCAAAUAUAUACACAUCCUUUUUUUCAGGACAACCUCAGCUGUCAGUUUAUGGAGCAAAAAUGAUGUAAAAUGAACGUGACAGUAGAUUCAGAAACAUCUAGGUCAACCAAAAAACAAAUACUGCUCAAAAAAACACAUCAAUCUACAGUGACCAAGCCUUUUCUCACCUGCACAUAAUUCUCUCAAGUCUUGGCUAUCAGGAGAGGAAAUAUUAGGAUUGGAACAAACACACAACAGAAACUAUUGACAUAUUUAUUUAUUUGUUUUAUGUCACUUCUUGAAGCAGUUCCUGUCUGGGAUGAGACAGAGGACCACAUCAUACUGCUCAGAAUCUCUUCUUUACUUGUUUCCAAACAUUGAGGACCAUUAUUUCGUAUUUUGCAGACAAACAGGGAACUUUUACUGUCUCUUAUUGAACACUACCGUCAAGGGAAGAAUAGAAGAAGAAUAUGAGACCAUGUAAUUACUGAAAGUUUGACAGAAAAAGACAUCAUCAAAACAGCUUGUCAAACCUGGAAGACAUUAGCGGCAUUUAGGGAUCUUUUUUAAUCACAACAAUCUGAUAAAUAAUCCUGUUUUCACCGGUAUAUCACUGUGGAUUUACCAUCAAACGUCUCUGAUCAAACACCUAUUUUUGAGGCUGGAUUGUAAACCUUGUGGCAGGUGUAGAAAUGUCUGGAAACCCUCGAUAGAUCGCCAAAAGGGUAAGAUUUUGAACAAGAUACACGGUAUAGUUCCUGAGAAACUGUAAACUAUAUUAAUGGUGUCACGUGGGAUCGCCGGCGAUCUCAAUCAAUCAAUCAGAUUUUAUUUAUAUAGCACCAAUUCACAACAGUCGUCAUCCCAAGAUGCUUUCCAAAGAACAAGAGCAGGUCUAGAUCACAAUCAUUGUUUGAUGAAUUAUCAAGAACCAACCUAAGAUGGGAUUUGGCCGAUCUCAUUUAACAUGAGUGACAGUGGCGAGGAAGAACUUCCUUUUAACAGGCAGAAACCUUGGGUGGGACCAGACUCAUGCUAGACAGCCACCAGGCCGCUGCUGGGUUGUGGAAGAAUACAGAGAUAGGGGGAGAGGGCAGAGGGAGAGAGAGAGAGAAUGAGUAAGGGAGAGAGAGUAGAGAAUGAGGGUGAGCGAGAGAGACAUGGGACAGCAGCAACAUUAAAGCAACAACAACAAAAACUCAUUUAAUGGUAAAACAAAGUGAGUUCAGAGGUGUCCAGCGGAGUUCAGAGUGUUAAAGCUGCGUGUGUAUCACUGUGACAGAAGGAUCUCUGUAUGUCAUCUGUUUGUGCUCCACUCAGCCUCGUUGUUUCUCUCUGCUCUGCAGCUCCAAAGGUGAUGAAGAUGAAGAUGAGGUGUUUGUAGGUCCUCUCAGCCAUAAGGAGAAAUGCAUAUCUGUCAAUGUGGCGUCUCUCCUUGAGGUUAGCGACACUGUGAGGGGGAGCUGGAGCCCCCUGAGCGGAGAUCAGCUGGAGGCUGUUUGUCAGGAGGCUCACAAACUAGCCAACCAGUUACAGAGCAGCGAACUGUGUCAGCCGCACGACGAGGACGGAGAGCCCGCUGAGGCCACAAACGGCAGGGAGGAGUUCCUCCAGGACGCCGAAGCCAAACUGGGCGUGCUCGUUCAGACCAACAGCGCGCUCAGUCCCAUCAAACGGCAGACCUUCUUAGUGCAGGACAGUCCCAUGAAGGAGCUGCCACCUGUUGUUCAGCGCCGCCUGCUGAGAGGAAGCAGUGCAGGCGCAGCCUCAUCCACCCGCUCUGCCAGCACCCCGUCCAUCCGUCCUACAAGCGCAGCCGCAUCAAACCGCACUACUUCCAACGCUUCCUCCACCCGCCCUGCUGCCAGACUCAGCACCUCCAGCCCUGUCGUCGGGGUCAAGACUCAGCCCAAGUCGGGGCUGCGGGGGAGGGCGGCGCUGGGAGUGGUGCUCCCGAGCAAACUGGCCGGUCCGACGGCUUCAGCGAGCAAGAGCAGAGCCGAGAAAUCCAGACUGCAACCACCGAGUAAAGUAGGAGACAAGGUGCCUGAAAGUGGAGCGAAUGAAUUUACGUGUUUCCAGGAUCCUUCACCUUCCUCUGAUUGUCUCUGACUCUAACGAAUGAUUAUACUGAUGUUCGCUGUUUUUCUUUCCUGUUGAGGCGGUGGGGAGUUGGAAGCGAAGUCCGUCUUCUCGUCCGUCCAGCAGGGCAGACUCAUGUGAGGAUCUGCUCUCCGAUUCGGCGAGCGUGGCCUCGGACAUCAGCGACUCCUCCCUCAACUCCAGUCUGCUGGGAAAACGCAACAUGGCCCCGCCAAGCAAGGUAACACACCUGUUUGAAGAUGAUGAUGAAUUUAUCAGAGCAAAGUUUAGACAACACCUUAUCCAUCGGUUUGUUGUCGUUGUAAAGACUGCGACUGAUCUUGUUUUCUCAUCUCAGGGUUUGACGAGGAACCUGUCGGCUGUGAAAGUUCCUCCUCUCCAGACCAGGAGGGUGACGGACAGGAAGAACACGUCCUCGUCCUCAUCAUCCAUGUCCAGCUUUAACUCUAGCCUGUCUCUGUCUCCUGCUAAAGGUAUCAUCUCAGCUUCUUCAUGCUCAAACUUAGACCAUAUGUCUGUCUACAGUUGAUCUCCUGGGCUCUGAUUGGCUGUUUGCCUCGUCACUUAGUUUUCUCUGUGUUUAUUUUCAGUGUCGGGUCCCUCCUCAGGUAAACUCAACUCCUCUUUAAACCGAAGUCUGAGCGGUACGACUGGACCCGCCCCCAGCAGCGUAGGCAAGCCUGUCAAUCAGAGGUCGACCCGCUCUAGUAUGUACUGCCCUGCACCACCGGCGCCAUCCAACGCCGGCCGCCGUUCCCUCUCCACCCAGGUGAGGCGGCCCUCAGAGGCGGACCGCAGCAAAACAACAACAAAGUCAACGCCGCUGAAGAGAGCCGAGACCACGCCCGUUCAGACAACGCCCGCCAAGAGAGCGGCAGAGAGGACCACCUCCAUCGCUGCUAACUCCACCCGGCUGCAGAGCGGACUGAAGACGAAACCUAAACCUGAGGCUCUGGUCCUGCCGACGCUCAGCGGCGGUUUUAGAGGCAGCGCCCAGAGAGACGGUGAGAGAUUCACGUCAGAGCGGUCUGUUUAAAAGCUGUUUGUUUCUUUUCCAACCGAAAAUCUGAGAAAACUCUGAGUUCAGAGAAAAACAGUUAGAGGAGCUGCAUCGUAAAACCUUCAUCCAAAAACGGUCUUUAGAGACAUUUUUCACUUGAGUAUGAAAAACUAGAGCUGCUAAUGUGGAUUUAGAGACUCGACGAAAGACAGCAGAAAUGUGUCGGAAUUUUUCAUGAUGUUUUUAUUGGACCUAUUUCUGAUCUGUGAAGUUUUUAGUAUUUUCUGCUCUUACUCUUUUAUUCUUCACGAGGAGCAAGUAUCCAAGUCGAGUAAAAGUCAAAUUCAGGACUUUGAGCAGUGUAGCUUGUUUGAUGUCCCCAAAAACAACCUGUGAAUCGUUUUCAACUUUAGAGUUGAGCCCCUAUAAGUUUACCAAAUCUGAUAUUUAAGUUUUUUAUUGAAGAUUUAGUUUUUCGCUUCCUGUAUUUGACUUGUUUUUUUUUUUCUUUCGUCUCCAGACGUUUCAAAAGUGAAGCCAAAGAGGCUGACGUCAACCAGCAGCGUGGAGAGGUAGAGGACCCCACACUACACCACCGUCACUGAGGUCACCUGUACUCUCUAGUAGAGCUGGGCGAUAUGUCCUCAACUCAAUAUCACGAUAUAUUGAUCAGUUCACCUCAAUAACGAUAAAUGGACGAUAACUACUCCACAAGCUGCUCACCCCCUCCCACAUUAACUUCGUCUACUUCUUCGCUACAACUUUUGAACCGUCCUCCAUCUCCUCACCUGUCUCUGAUGUAGGACAGUGUCUUAAAGAGACAUGAGACCUUAGCCUACCUACACACAUCCAAAACCAACUUUUAUUUAUUUAUUUAUUUUUUUGAAUAUACCAAUAUGGGCAAAAUGACGUCGGUUAUUGUCAUAAAUUUCGAUAUCUGUAAAUUUUCGGUUUAUCGCCCAGCCCUAUACUAUAGUCAGAUUAAUUUGAGCUGAAAGUGUAAAUUUUAACUUUAAUCUGUAAUCAAAACAUGACGUCCCAAAGCAGAGUCAAACACCAUCACCUUUAAGAGGAUGUGUUUGUAUCUGCAGACAAAAGCAAUCAAGUCCUCAUGAACAGACGAUCUGGAUCCGAGUCAUUUUAUAUCAAGUGCACAAAGCUAAGAGGAUUUGACGACCUGAAGUUCUGAGUUUCAAAGAAAAAAACUGUAGGACUGAUGUCGCUGAAAGACUCAAAAUAAUAAUCCAGCUGGAGGCCUGACAGGUUCUCCACAGAGUUUGGGUUUAAUUUGACGUGCAGCUCAAACUUGAAGCGACUCAUUUAUCAGAUCUGAGCAGGAAACAUCUUCAGUGUGUGCUUUAAAGAAAGUGGAGCAGCUUAAUGAGGUUUCAGCUAAAGUUUUUGUUUUUGACGUUUUACUACAUUUGUUUAAUAAAACUCCUUUCUCUCUCUUAGUCUUCCUUCAAAGCUCUCUGCCGGUCCUCUAACGCCCUCUACUGGCAGCGGCAGGUCACUGCAGAUGAAAACCAGGCGUCCCUCCGCCCUCCCCACCCCUGUGAAGCGCCGGAUGUCCGCCCUUCCACCUGCCACACCCACCAAUAGGAUCCAGCCCUCCAGACCUUUAACCAUCGCUGACUCUGGCCCCGCCCCCUGCUCCAGUGCGGCCAGGACGGAGAGAUGCUGCAGGUGAAAGAGUUUAAAAUGUUUGAGUUAUAGAAUAUAGAGAAUAUUAUCAAAGUUUCUUAUCAUGUUUUAAAUGAUGAAAAUGGUGAAACAGCCCUUUAUGGAGGUCUCAUGAUUCUGUGUGUGCAGCCCCGUCUCUGCAGACGCUCAGGAGGUGGAGCUGCCUGUCGCUCCUGAAGUUCAGCCUUUCUGCUUGGAAGAGGAGGAGAAGACGGUGGAGGAGAAGAAGGAGGUGGAGGAGGAGGAAAAGCAGGAGGAGAAGAAGAAGGAGGUGGAGGAGAAGGAGGUGGUGGAGGAGAAGCAGGAGGAGACAUCUACCGUUCCUCCACCUCCAAGCCCUCCUCAGUCUGACCAAUCAGAGAGCCCCGAGCCUGUAUCAGAACCCAUUCAGAGCAAACCAGAGCCCAACAGAGACCUGAUCGAACUGGGGUCUACGGAGGAGAGCAGCAGCAGCAGCAAGCCACAAGAGGUCAGAGGUCACAGACAGACGCACCCUGAGUGGAUGUUUCCGUCUCUAAGAGCUUCAUCCUCCUCCUCCUCCUCCUCACCCUCUCUCUCUUUGUUUUCUUCUUCAGGUCCUUCUGUUAGAUCUUCCCGCUCCGAUUCUCCAACCCCAAGAGAAGCUGCUCAUCGACCUGACCAACACCCCUGACCUGAUCCGAACCAACACCAAGACCUGCUCCAACUCUCAGGUACCGGUCUCUGCUUCUGCUCGGAAACAUCUUCUUCUUUUAGUGUCUGUCUAAGUUUCUUAAAGUGAACCUUUCAACCCGUCUGUCGUCAGCUGAUCGACCUGAGCUCUCCGCUCAUCAAGUGGAGUCCAGAAGACAAGAGGGAGAACAACGCCCCGCUCAUCAAUCUGUCCUUCUGA